AUGCAGAGUUCCAUGUUGAGAGUUUCCGCUUUGAUUGCAUUGGCAACUUACAUUCAAGGUGCAGUUGCUGCUCCUCCUGCUUGUUUGUUGGCUUGUGUUUCCCAAGUUGAAAAGAAGAGUGACUGUACUGGAUUGAAUGACUUGAGUUGUAUUUGCUCCAAGAACUCUAAGGCUGUCGAGGACUGCUUGAAGAAGAUCUGCCCAAAUGACACCAGUGAUGAUGCAAUUAGUGCUUUCGAGUCUUCUUGUGACGGUUACAGCAAGGAUGUGAGCUCGUCUUCCGAGUCGUCCUCCGCAACCUCCUCUGCUGCUUCGUCGUCCGAGGCUGCCUCGUCUUCUGCUGCUUCGUCGUCCGAGGCUGCCUCGUCUUCUGCUGCUUCAUCUGCUGCUUCGUCUGCUGUCUCGUCUGCUGUUUCAUCCGCUGCUGCAUCUUCCGAGGCUGCAUCCUCUGCUGCCGCUUCGUCUGCUGCCGCUUCAUCCACUUUCAGCUCCGUCGUUGAGUCCGUUGUCACUUCUUCGGAGGCUCCUGAAUCUGUUGCUGGUGUGUCCACUGUUGCCUCCAGCUCUGCUUCCUCUGCGGUUGCCGUAUCUCAACACUCUGCCGGUGCUGCUGAUGCCACUGGCUUCUCGGUGGGUGCCAUGCUUGCCGGAUUGGUUGGUGUUGCCUUGUUAUAA